AUGGCAGCAAAGGACGGUAUAAACCUAUCCACUCAACCUGAAGAGUACUGUUUGAAAGCACUGUGUGACAAGAAAAACUGCUCAUCAGAGGAAAAACCAGUGUGUGGAAGCAACUUCCUCACUUACACGAAUCUGUGCUAUUUCAAUGCAGAACGAUGCAAGGACGACAAGAUCUCGAUCCUGUUCUACGGUCAGUUGCAUACCUUUCAUGCAUGCAUUGUUGCCAAGCUCUACGAUUACACCUGCGAAAAACUCGAUAGCUAA